UCCGGCUACACUCGACGUGCGCGUACAACAUGAACGACCGGUACGAUGAGUUCUCGUCGGGCUCGGUGCCGUACGGGCAAAUGUUUCCGGAUAUGUAUGGGGAAGACGCCGGGGGAGAGGCUGAGCAGGGCUACGAGAACAAGCCGAGGAUUCUGCUGAUGGGCAUGCGGAGGUCAGGCAAGUCGUCCAUCCAGAAGGUCGUCUUCCAGAAGAUGUCGCCCAAUGAGACGCUCUUUCUCGAGUCGACGACCAAGAUUGUCAAGUCGGAAAUCGCGUCGUCGUCGCUCAUCUCGUACUCGAUCUGGGACCUGCCCGGCCAGGUCGGCUACGAGUCAAACCCGGCGUUUGACAACGAGGGGCUCUUUGCCCAGACCGGCGCGCUCAUCUUUGUCAUCGACGCGCAGGAUAACUACCGCGAGGCCAUUGCCAAGCUCCACACCACGGUCCUGAGGGCGUACGAGAUCAACCCGGAGAUCUGCUUUGAGGUCUUUAUCCACAAGGUCGACGGCCUCUCCGACGACGCCAAGACUGUCCGCCAGCAGGACAUUGUCGAGCACGUUCUCGCCAACAUUGCCGACGCCGAGCUCGAGGACCAGAUCCAGAUCUCGUUCUACCUCACUUCCAUCUACGACCACUCGAUCUUUGAGGCCUUCUCCAAGGUCAUCCAGAAGCUCAUUCCGCAGCUGCCGACACUCGAGCAGCUGCUCGACAUUCUCAUCUCCAACUGCUGCAUCGAGAAGGCCUUUCUCUUUGAUGUCGUCCCCAAGAUCUACAUUGCCGACGACUCGUCGCCCGUCGACAUGCAGACCUACGAGCUCUGCUCCGACAUGAUUGACGUCGUCAUCGACGUCGGCUGCAUCUACGGCAUGGGCGAGAACGACGACACCGGCCUCGGCUACGACGCCGAGUCGGCAUCAGUCAUGCACCUCAACAACGGCAUGGUCCUCUACAUGAAGGAGGUCACCCGCUACCUCGCCCUCGUCGCCCUCCUCCGUGAGGACAAGUACGAGAAGCACGGCCUCAUCGACUACAACGUCGAGGCCUUUAAGAACGCUGUCGCCAAGGUCUUUGAGCCGCGUCAGUAGCCGACCUGGCCUUCCAGUAAACGCCACGGCAUCGCUA